GUGUAUAUAUAUAUGUGACAAUAAUUAGAAUUUUAACAGUUUCUAAGAAUUUUAAACACUCCAUACGUAGAAUCUAAGUUUUUAAAAAAUCAACAAAUUUUAUUGUGUCCCUUUGGUUGAUUGAAUAUAUUUUAUAUACUUUCUCAAUAUGCGGAAAUUUAUUCUUAUUCGAACUUAUAGAGAAGAAGAUAAACCGGUUUGCAAAGAAUUACUUAAAUCUAGUGUGAUGUAUCCGCUAAAUCAUACAUUUAUUGGAUUUUUAUUAGGAACAAAUGUGAUGCGUAUAAUAAAUGUAUUAUCUAUAGUGUUAAUGGUAGUACUCCUUCAGACAGGAUUCUAUGUGGUUUAUUGUAUUAUGGUUAUAUUUAUACCAGGAAUUAUAUUAUAUAUUUCAUUAUUAUCAAAGUUUUUGUAUGAAGCUAGAAUUGUUGGAAAUGAAGUAUCUGAGAUUUCACGGAUUUACACAUCAGAUAAUUCUUCAUGUUUUUGGAUAGCGGAAGCAUAUGAUGAUUACUCAUUAAAUGAUCAGGAUAAAAAUCAACCAUAUAUAUUCAUGACAGAGGAAGAAUUGAUUCAAUGUAAUAUUGAUGUAUCAGAAUAUUAUAUAGAAAUUGUAGGUAUUAUGUCAUUCUGUAGAAAUAACCUGGAUACAACACUUGGUUGUAUUAAAAAUUUCUAUGUAAAGAAAUACUAUAGAAAGAAUGGUAUAGGAAGUCAACUUAUGAAUCAAACUCUGCGUUUCGCACAUGAACACGGAAUUGGAUGUGUUAAAGCGACUGUUUCUCAAUUUCAAAAACAUGUUAUGAAUUUUUUUAAUACGAGAAAUUUCAGUAUCUAUUCAAGAACGACCUCUGAGGAAACAAUAUUGAAUAUUUCUGAUUCACUACCGUAGUGGAAGAUGAAAAUUUUGAAAAAUUUUGUGUUACUUUCUUAUAACGUAUUUACAUGUCUUGAACUGUACUUAAUCAUAAUAUUGAUAUAAAUAUAAAACAACGUUAUUAAAUCAUUUUUUCAUAAGAAAACUUAUUGAAAACAUAUAGAAACGUUAUAAACAUAUAAACAAUACGCUAUUAUGUGUAGUGCGAUGCAUGACCUCAGUGUAUAUAUAUAUAUAUAUAUAUACUGUGACAAUAAUUAGAAUUUCGACAGUUGCUUAAAAUUUUAUACACUUCAUACGUAGAACUUUAGUUGUUAAAAGAUCAACAAAUUUUAUUGUGUGUCUUUGGUUGAUUCAAUAUAUUUUAUAUAAUUUUUCAAUAUGCGGAAAUUUAUUCUUAUUAGAACUUAUAGAGAAGAAGAUAAACCGAUUUGCAAAGAAUUACUUAAAACUAGUGUAAUGUAUUCGCUAAAUCAUACAUAUAUUGGAUUUUUAUUAGGACAAAAUAUUAUGCGUAUAGUAAUUUUUGCAGCUAUAGUGUUAAUGGUAAUACUCAUACAUAUAGGAAUACCUGUGGGUUAUUCUAUUAUGGUUAUAUUUAUGCCAGCAAUUGUAUUAUACCUUUCAUUAUAUGCAACGUUUUUAUAUGAAGCCAAAAUUGCUGGAAAUGAAGCAUCUGAGAUUCCACGGAUUUACACGCCAGAUAAUUCUUCCU